AUGGCCAACGGCGAUGGCCAAGAGGAUCUGGCCAAGGAAGUCCUGUCAUCGGUUCGCUUUGCCCUCAUGUCCGGCCGGGAACUGAAGAAGGUCUCGUCAGUCACUGCAGGGGUUGCUAACCCAAAGGUCCUCCACGAGCUCGUGGUAGCAAGUUUAGCACCCAUGGCCCAGCUGCCAUGCCGAGUGCGUUCCUUGCAAGAGGUGCUGGUGGUUUGUGGUGGAGACAAACUGACGGCCAACCUGGCUGCCCGCAAGCCCAGCAGACACCUCUGGUUUGCCCACCGCUACCUCAGUGCUGUGGGGCUGGUGAAGCAGGUGGAGUGGAGGGCACUGGGACAUUUCCCUGAUGGCCCACGCUUCCGCCAUGCUGUAACUGUGGUGGGCAACAUCCUCUACAUCCUGGGUGGAAAGCGCUACUACGGGGUCCAUGACACCCUGGCCAGUGUCUACAGGUACCAGCCUAUGGACGAUUCCUGGGAGCGCCUGGCCAGCAUGACCUGUGGGCGGAGCUACUUUGCUGCCGUGGCACUCGGGGAUUUUAUCUACGCCCUGGGGGGCUGCUCAGGGGAGCUCUACUGCACAGACACUGUGGAGUGCUAUGACCUGGCCAACGACACCUGGAGGAGGUGCCAGCCCCUGCCAAUGGCUCUGUGUGGGCACGCGGCGUGUGCCCUGGAUGGUGCCCUCUACGUGUCGGGAGGGUGUGAUGAGGCUUGCCAGUGCCAAGCAUCCUUGCUGCGCUACGUCCCGGGUGCACCUGCCAUACUCCUGGCCCCUAUGAAUGGCCAGCGAGCCGGCCACAUCAUGGAGGAGGCAGGUGGGCAGCUCUAUGUGGCUGGGGGGUUGUGCCAGCGGGACGGGCAGACUGGCUACAGGGACCAGCUGGCCUUUGAGGUCUACAGCCCCAAGCUGGAUAUCUGGGUCCUCCUCAGCCCCCUCCCCCAUGCCCAUGUAGUUGGGGGCGCAGCCGUGCUGGGAGGGGAACUGAUCGUACUGGGAGGGUAUAGUCAUGAGACCUACCGGGACACGCACUUGAUCCACGCCUACCAGCCGGGUGCCCGGCGCUGGAUCACCCGGGGCACCUUGCCCCAUGCCUAUACUGACCUCCAAGCCUGUGUCCUCACUGUACCCCCUGCCUUGCGUGGCCCCAGCUGCCUUGAGGAUGCCUCAAGGUCACCUGACACCCCCAAUAAUACUUAG